UUUGGUAUUUUUUUUAAAUAUGUAUUUUCAUCACCUAUUCAUUUUCAUUUUCGUAAUUUAGAAGAAAUCACUUUAAAGUUAUACUGCAGCCAAAUUGUAUACAGUGUUUUGUUAUACUUUUCUUUUUUGAAUGUAGUAGUUGUGCAAUGAAAGUAUUUUCAUUCAUUCAUUCAGUACCCUUCAAUUAGUGAUCCUGAUAUAACUAAAACCUAUUUAAAUUAUUAAUGUCACCACAAAGCUCACACCCACCCUGAAGAAUGGUGGGUCUAGUCUCUACAAAAGCAGAGAGCUGUACCCAGCAGUGAUUUAGAUGAUGCAUGAAAGAUUCAAAACAAAUGAAACCUGUUUGAUGUUGGUUAAAAAGCUAAGUAAACAAGGAAAACAUAGUAUAUCACCAUAGCAACUGUGCUACUUCCUAGCAACAAGUCAAAACAAACAAUCCUGUCAAGCAUCAUCCGAACUGUCACUUAUUGUUUUAUAAGUUUAUAUUACGAAAUAGAAAGUAAGACUGAGUAAUAUUAAAAAAAAUGGAUGUUAAAAACUUGGAACCCUAUGCUAUUAUAGGUUUUGACGGUUCAGCAAUAAAAGGCUUAAAAAUACACCCCGAUGGGGAAUACAUCGUGUACCCGAUGGGGAACAAAGUCUGCGUCCAAGAGUGGAAGACCAAAAAGAUGUUUUUUCUCAGCGGUCACACAAACAGCGUGUCUACAGUUGCCGUGUCUCCUAAAGGCACCUUUAUAGGUUCCGGUCAGAUCAACCACAUUGGCUUCAAGGCAUCUGCCAAGUUGUGGGACUUUAAGAAAAAGAUUUGUAUUGGCAGCCAUGAACUACAUAAGGUGCGCGUAGAAGCUUUAGCGUUCUCAUCGGACGAGCGCUACAUGAUAUCGCUGGGCGGCCGCGACGACGGCUGCGUGGUGCUGUGGGACUGCAUCGCGGGCUCCGCCACCGGCACCGCCGCCGCCGCUCGCCAGACGACGGGGGACGCGGUGACGCUCUCGCCGCUGAGCUUGAGAGUUAACUCCUUCGUUACUGGCGGCGACUCUAACCUCCGAGUGUGGAACAUCCGCGCGGAAAGCAAGAACCUCGACGUGGUGGACGUGUCACUCGGCAAGUUACGUCGCUGCGUGCGGUGCAUCGCCGUCAGCAGAGACGACCUGUACGGCUACGCCGGGACCACUUCGGGCGACAUGAUAAAGUUCUCCAUCAACUACCCGGCGGACCCCGCGGCCUCGGUCGCUGACAUCAAGCCCGCGUUACUCGGCUGCCUCGCCAAGUGCGGGCCCUGGAAGAAGGGGAAGCGGCCGGACUCCGUAUGCUACAGUCAAGGUGUAGAAUCGAUACUGAUAAUGUCGGACGGCUGUCUGAUAGUGGGCGCCGGGGAUGGAACAGUAGACAUUUUGGAUGAAAUCAACUGGAAGGGAGAAUUCCCUAAAGGGAAGAUCUUGGAUCCGAACCGACCACAUUUUAGAGCGCUAAAAUCCACUAAGCUCAUGGCCUGUAUAACCUCUCUGGAGCUGAUGGAAACUGCGUUGCUACAAGGUGACAAGAGGAUCCUGCUCGUUGGCACCAGAACCAGCGAGAUAUACGCCAUCAACGUGGCUACAUUCGACCCCGUGCUCGUGGUCACUUGCCAUCGAUGCGCCAUUAAUGAUAUAUCUUUUCCAAGGGGUAUGUCCGGCGUGUUCGCGACGGCGGGCGGGGGAGACGUGCGUGUGUGGUGCGUGGAAACUGCGCAAGAACUGCUUCGUAUCGUGGUGCCCAACUUUUCGUGCUCCGCCGUGCUGUUCUCUGCUGAUGGGAAGUCCAUUGUUUCCGGUUGGAACGACGGUAACAUUCGUGCUUUCACUCCGCUCACCGGCCGACUGAUAUACUGCAUUUACAAUACCCACAACAAAGGCACUUCUGCUCUCGAUAUGACCAAAGAUGGACGUACGCUUAUAUCGGGAGGGUGUGAAGGACAGGUGCGCGUGUGGGACAUUCGCCCGCAAUGCCAGAGCUUGAAGAAAGUUCUGAAGGAGCACAAGAGUCCGGUGUCCGCCAUCCAAGUGUCGCCCAACGACACCGAAGCUGUCAGCGCGGGAACUGAUGGCUCCUGCAUUAUAUGGGAUCUUGUCUCGCUGUCCCGCCGUCAAGUGAUGUACGCGAACACGUUGUUCAUGUGCGUAUGCUUCGAGCCGCUCGGCUGCCAGCUGCUGACGGGCGGCACCGACCGGCGCGUGGCCUACUGGGAGGCAGGCAGUGGGAACCUGGCUAGAGAGCUAGAAGCUAGCAAGUUGGGAGCAAUCAACGGUCUGCAUAUAACACAGGAUGGACAGCUUUUCGUGACGGGAGCCAACGACCAGGUGGUCAAACUGUGGAAGUACCAGGAGGGCAUAUACACGCACAUGGGGCUCGGGCACGCGGGCGCGGUCACGUGCGCGCGGUUCAGCCCCGACGCGCGCCACAUCGUCAGCGCCUGCGCCGCUGGCUCCAUCAUCAUAUGGAAAAUGCCCGAGGUGUACCUGCAGAACAGUCAGCCGGCCUCCGGGCGUCAGGGCGCGGUGACGUCACCAAAAUUGUUACGAGACGAUCUGCGCCUGCAACUCGACGACAGGCCGGUGCGCAGAGCGGCAGGGGACCGGCCCAACAAACUGCCAGCCGCACCUUCCAAGGUGGAAAAAAUAGAAGCCAUGGACACGACCAGAAGCAGUGUUCACUCUUGCUGCCCCUGCGAUACAGCAAAGUCCAAAAAAUCGGACAGCUCCAACAAAACCCCGCCCAAGGCCGGCGGCGUCAAGUGUUGCAAGCCGUCUGAUAAACUGCCUACAAGGACGACCAGUAAGGACUUCAUCAAUAGUAGCGGUGAUAAGAAGUAACGUUUUCACACCGAAAGGCUCGUUUUCAUUGGUUGUUAACUCCCCAUUGGGGUAUUCCCCGCAAGCGGCCUAACGACCAAUGAUAAUCAUCGGUCCAAAAGCGUAUGACUUACGAGUGUUAUUAAUAACUUAUAGGUUUACCAGCAGAAUAAAAUGGCUGAUCAUUUUACGGAGUUACAAAUGACAAUAUUCCAAACAGAAAAUAUCUCUCCUUGGUCCUUGCAUGGUAUCAUUAUAUAAAUACAUUUCUUGGCCUGCGACAUAUUUUAAUUCGGCGCAUAUUGAACAUUAAGGGCUUAACUAUGCCCUCCUACAAGGAUUUAUAUAAUGUUAUUUCUAUUUUUAUAACU